AUGUGUACUUGCCUGACUUUUCAUGUGUACCAUCCCUUUUGUCUUGUCCAGGUAAAGGAACUCAAUGCCGAGGUGAAUCGGCUUGUCGAGAAACGCAUGCUUGCUACCGACCCGCUUGGCGACAAGGCAUCAAUGUUUCGCCAACAAGCCAACUUAGUUGCCCGCAAAAAAGCCGCUGCGGCCGAAGAGUUGGUUGUGGCCCGCGACAACUGUGCCAACAUCGAGAAUCGCCUAUCAGAGGCCAGUGUGCAACUGAGUAAAUUAAACAGCCAUCCGGACGAAACGAAUCCCUCAACAACCAAAAACGAGAAGUCGGAUCUGCUGGAAGAAGCUAAGCCGCCUAUCUCGAAAGCGGAUGAGGUAAGCCAGUCGAUCAAGCAAUUCUUUCGCCUUAUACAUGAGAGCCAGACGAGGGGUCAAAGUUCGGGUAAGAAGCGAGACUAG